AUGAGACUUGCGGAAUCUCACGAUCAUGUGGUUCUGGUAGACAUUGACGAACCGAAGGCCAACGAAGUCACUGCCACACUGAAUAAGAGCAUGGAAACAAGAGAGCAAAACCAGGAGAAUGAGCGGUUCACGUAUGUAGUGUGUGAUAUCACGGACCCUACCCAGGUGGCCGAUUUAGCCCGCAAAGUCUUCAUCCUGGAUGGCGAUGUGCUCACCCUCGUCAACAACGCCGGUGCAACCUAUUCCCCUUCAUUACAACGAACAACCCCGGAGAUAUGGAAGCGAGAAACUGCCCUAAACGUCGACGCCCCAUUCCUCAUUUUCCCCGCUUUCGCAGACUCACUGAAACGCACCAGUGGCAGCAUCGUCAACAUCGCCUCCGUCAACGGCCUCGCUGUCUUUGGGAACCCAGCGUACAGCGCCGCCAAGGCAGGGCUUAUUCACUUCACCCGUUCAAUUGCAGUUGAGUACGCGAAGUUCGGAGUCAGGGCAAAUGCCAUCGCCCCAGGAACAGUGAGGACGAAUGUGUGGCAGGAUCGAGUCGCCGCCAACCCCCAUGUUUUCGAGGAGGUUAUGCAAUGGUACCCAUUGAAGAGGACGGUUGACCCUGUGGAUGUUGCGAAUGCAGUUUCGUUUCUUAGCAACAAGGAGUUAGCAGCCGCGAUUACGGGGUCAUUUUCUCAGUGUGAUGAUUUCUGA